AUGAUUAUAAUUGGAACGCCCACAAAUAAUUUUAACAACAACACAAUGCCUCCCCCAUUUCCAACAGACAAAAAUAGUCGAAUUAUUUCUAAUAACAAAAUUAAAAAUUCUUCAAGUUUUCCACAAACAUUAGAUAAUUUUCAACAACAAUUAAAUAAAAAACCUCCAAUAGAACGAAAACAAUCCACAAAAACUUCACAUUUUGACCCUCAAAAUAAAGUGUCGACGAAUUGUCAUUUUUCUACAAGUUCGUCAGUUGUCCCCCAAAGUGUCGGUAAUUCAACAACAACAAUGUUGGUUAAUACAAGAAAAACAUCCCAACAACAACAACAACCUAAAACAAAUGUUUUUAAUAAUUUAAACAACAAUAAUUUUCAACAACAGCAGCAACAACAUUAUUAUAGAAAUAUAAAUGUUGGUGGUGGUGGGGGAACAUUUGAACAAAUGAAAAAAUAUCAACAACAACCACAAACAGUUAUAUGUCGUCGAAGUACUUCACUUCCUCGCCGUAUAAUUAGCGCUGCACAACAAAAUUCACCAAUUUCAACAAAACAUUUACUCCUUCCCCAUAAUUCCGUUGAACACCAACAACGUAAUGAUUUUUAUCAAAAACCGCCACUUAUGGGAACAACAAAUUAUGCAAAUAAUAAUAAAAAUAUGUGA